AUAGGAAGACCACACAUGGAUAUGCUUAGGAACUUUCCUGGGCUGAUUCCAUUGAAUAAGGAGGCUUCUGUAUAUUCUGGCUACAUCAACAUCUAUAAUGAAGAUUACAGAAUCCAUAUUGAAUUGUUUGAAAAUAAGACCCUUGAAGACCUUGAGUUAUCUUGUGACUGGAAACUUCAGCAGCUGUUGCAUGGAUACACAGCCAUCUUGAAACAGAGGCUGAAACAGUGCACUUCCCUGUGCCAGUACCUGCUGGAGGUGAAAAGUCUAGUGGAGAGACAAUUGGAGGGAAGACACAAUAGCCAUCAGGGAGGCAGCAGUCAAGUAUGUGCUCAACUCUUGGGGGAAGUGGAACACCUGGGAUGGGACAGGUUGGUGUCUAUUGAUGCCAAGUUUCAAACACUUGAGCUUCAAUGUAAAGACAAAAAGGGAAGACAACACAUUAUGAAGGUCACACUCAGUUCGCAACAUCCUCGCAGUGCUCCAAGGUGUGUAGUGGACCUUCCUGGCCAGUUCCAUGUACAAUGGAAAUCAACAAGCAGUCUGGAGUGUUUGUACAAACAGUUUGAGUCAGCUGUGUACAUGUACCAGGACUUUAUAGAUGUCAUGGUAGAGCUGGACCAGAAGACGUGGAUCCUGGAGCCUGAGAAACCAGUGUACAGCGCCACCUACAGGAGAAUCGCAGUGUCAACCAAUGCAUCCCUGCAGAUCAGCGUCGACCAUCGCCACCCUAGGACAUUGCCAGAGUGUAGAUUUCUAGGAGCUGAUCAAGCUGUAGUUCCACUGCGAGAGAGCCUUAAUUCAAAUCUUCAUCUGUGGGAUGAAGGGAAAGGAUUGUUGGAGAAUUUACAGGUAUUGCUGGGAACACAACUACCUUCUCCUGCCACAUCUAGUAAAGAGGAGUUCAGUGUGGAGUGUGGGAUAUGUUAUGCCUUCAGACUUGAUACUGAGCUUCCUAAUCAGGCAUGUAGUGAUGCCCGCUGUGGACAACCCUUCCAUCAGACAUGUCUGUAUGAGUGGCUGAGAGCCUUACCAUCUAGCAGACAAAGCUUCAACACCAUAUUUGGCGACUGUCCUUAUUGUAGUAAGCCAAUAAAAGUGAAGAUGCCAGUGAAGAGAUAGUGAUUCCAGAGGGAUAGUCUUCUGACAUACUCUUACAGAGUCAGAGUGACACUAGAGGGACGGUCUUCUGGCAUACUCUUACAGAGUCAGAGUGACACUAGAGGGACGGUCUUCUGGCAUACUCUUACAGAGUCUCUUACAGAGUCAGAGUGAUACUAGAGGGACGGUCUUCUGGCAUACUCUUACAGAGUCAGAGUGACACUAGAGGGACGGUCUUCUGUCAUACUCUUACAGAGUCAGAGUGAUACUAGAGGGACGGU